AUGAUAAACCAUAAUAUUGAAAAUGUAGAAAAUUAUUUUAAUAAAAAUGUGAAUGAGGAUAGUUCUGAAAUAAUAAAUGAUAAAAAUAGUUAUAAUUUUAAUGAAAAAAAAAAUAUAAAUGAAAAGGAAAUUUAUAAUGCUUCGGAAAAACUUUUAUCAAAUAAUUCUCCACCAAGCUACUCAACAUACUAUGAAGAUUUUAAAAAUAUAAGAAAAAGAAAAAAAUUGAAAUGGGCUACUAUAUUUAGUUUUGCUUGUCCUAUGAUUGGAGUAGGUGGAAUGAAUUUAAUAUCAACUACAUAUGCCUCUUUUUUUUAUACAGAUAUUAUAGGUCUUAAAACUGUUGGAAAUGUUCAUUUAACUUUAAUGUUUACAUAUGCUUUUAGCGAACCUAUAUUUGGUUGCAUUAGUGAUAUAUCUAAAGGAAAUAUUUUUAAAACAUACGGGAAAAGAAAACCUUUUUUAUUAGUUUCCUCUAUUUUUCAAGCAAUUUCUUUUUUUUUAUUACUAAACCCUCCUAUAAAAAUAAAUUCAAUAGGAAACUUAAAAUUAUGGUCAUAUAUUUUGUCUAUAAUUUUUGGUAUGUCUUGGGGGUGUAGUGAAGUAGCUCAUCAUUCAUUGGCUUCUCAAUUAACCUAUGAUUAUGAUGAGAGAUCAAAAUUACAAUUGUUAACAUCAGCUGUAUCAGUUAUUGGAUCAACAUCAUGCGGUUUACUGAAUGGUAUUUUAGGUUCCUUUUUAGAUGACAAUAUAAAAAAUGUGAAAAAGCAAAUGUUCAUAAUAACACUAAUUUAUAGUAUAUUAUAUUUAAUAGGCAUAUUUAUAACAUUAGUAGUAUUAAAAGAUAAUGGAUCAUCAAAAGAACUAUGGAAUUCGGAUAUGCUAGAUAGAAAUAAUUCUUUUAAAAAUAAUUAUAAAAUAAUAAAAAAUAUGUUUAAAAAUAAGCCUUUCAAAUUACUCCUUACAGCUUACUCAUUCACUUUAUUGUCUGGUGCAGUGUCUCCAAUGUUAUUACCAUAUUUUUGCAGAUAUGUAAUUGAAUCUACUUUUUUAAUAAAUUGGUCUCCCUUAUUUUUUACAACUUCAGCUAUCAUAGGGAUCCCUUUUUGGAUAUGUAUGAGCAAAAUAUUUUCGUUUAACAAUAAGAAAUGGAAAUAUAUUUUAUCUUCAGGAUUAUUAUGCUUUUCAUUAACUACUUGUUCUUUUGUUGUUAAGAAAAAUGAAGAAAAAUUAUUUCUUUUUUUUUGUAUUAUUGGAGGAUUAUCAGUUGGGUCAUUUUUUUCUACACCUGAAGCUAUGAAAGCUGAUGUUAUUGAUUAUGAUGAAUUUUUGAAUGGUAUAAGAAAUGAUGCUAAAUAUUCAGGUUUUUUUAUGUGUUUUGCAAAUCUAAUUGCUGGAAUUGGUUUAAAAUUUUCUUUAUAUUAUAUAAAUCUAUUCGGUUACGAUAAUUCAAAAAAUGCUGCAAAUGAAAAAUUAACAUGGGCUAUCAGAUCUGCGUUUGCUGGUUUUAUAUCUAUCACAUUUUUAAUAAUUUGUUUUACUAUGUUUUUUUACCCAAUUGACAGAAACUUGCAUGAGAAAAUUUUAGAAGGUACAAAGUUAAGGAAAAACGGACAAUGUGUUGAAGAUCCAUUGAAUCCAGGAAAAAUAUUAUUACCGUUUUCCAAAAUAGAUAACCAUAAUUUUACUUAA